AUGACACUCCAGUAUCCGGAGCUACCUAUACAAGAACACUCGAAUGCAUUCUGGUGUAAUCCAAAGAUUGUACCACGGCUUGCAGUGCUGGUUCUCAAUGCAUCUCAUGAUUCAUGGUGCGUGGCAAAGAACGAUGUGGGAUUCGACAGUUCGGAGCUGUUUUGGAACUUGUGGACCCAUGCGUCACUUACAGUUUGUGCUGACGGUGGCGCCAAUCGUCUGUACGAUCGUAGCGUAGAAAUUCAAGCACAGGAUAUUGUCACACCACACUAUAUCAAAGGUGACUUGGAUUCGCUUCGUGAUGAUGUACGUGACUUUUACGCUGCUAAGGGGACAACAGUUUUGAAGGAUCCGGAUCAGGACACGAACGACUUGGACAAGUGUUUGCAACUGAUCUAUCAAGUGCAGGAAGAGCACGAUACAGAGGGAAAUAAGAACAGACAGUUUUCCGUCAUGAUUUUUGGUGCUAUGGGUGGACGUUUUGAUCAGGAAAUGCAGAACAUCAAUGCAUUGUUUCGUUGGAGAGACAAGUUUGAGCAGAUGGUGUUGCUGGCAAAUGAGACGACGGUUCGGUUGUUAAUGCCGGCGAUUCGGCAUGUGAUCAUACCUAAUUUUAACUUUGAAACACGCACGUGCGGCUUGAUUCCAAUAGCAGGAACGUGCAAGGAGACAACAACGUCGGGAUUAAAGUGGAAUCUGAGUCCGGGGAUGGAAACAGGUUUUGGUGGACUUAUUAGUAGCUCAAAUCACAUGGAAGAUUCAAGUGAGCAAGUGGAGGUUGUGACAUCGCAUCCAUUGAUUUGGACGACGGAGCUGAAAAAGUAG